AUGUUUGCCAGCAAGCGUCUGAGCAAGGAACUCAUUAAGAUGCAGGGCCACCUGCCGCCCGGAAUCUCGAUCGUCAAGUCGGACGAUUUCGAGGAGUGGCAGAUGGACAUCAAGGUUCUGGACUCGAAUCCGCUGUACCAGAACGAGACGUAUCGUCUGAAGUUCACCUUUGGCUCGAAAUAUCCCAUCGAGCCGCCAGAAGUCCAGUUCAUCGAACUACCCCCAACAUCGGAAACCCCUCGCCCGAUCCCGAUCCACCCCCACAUCUACAGCAAUGGCAUCAUCUGCCUCGACCUGCUCAGUUCCGCGGGGUGGUCGCCCGUGCAGACGGUGGAGAGCGUCUGCAUGAGCAUACAGAGCAUGCUGACGGCGAAUUCGCGGAAUGAGCGCCCUCCCGGCGACAGCGAUUUCGUCAACUACAACCGGCGGAGACCGAGGGAUAUUAACUUUUUCUAUGAUGACGAUAAUGUCUAA